AUGAAUUCUAGGCAACUGGCCAAAGCGGCCAUCCCCGCCUAUACCUGUCCGGAGGGAACAAAAAUGCAUCUUCUGGAUUUAGGGUCACUCAGCUGUGAGGAGGGAUGGCUGUUCACGGCAGGGGGCUCGGCCACUGCCAGCAAUCCCCAACGGCCCCGGAAAUGGCGAGACUUGAUGGUUCUUGCGGGUCUCAUUGAUCAUCCGGAAAUGGGGCUGAUUCUGUUCGAGACGGGAUGUGCGGAAGAUAUUGAGAUUAAAUGGAAUCCUGCAAAUGCCGACGUCUUCCCUCGCACACGUUAUGAGCCCGAACACCGUCUUCCAGCUGCCAUCAAAGCAGCCGGGUACGAUAUUAAAGACGUCAAAGCAGUAAUCAUGGGACAUUUACAUCUCGACCACGCAGGCGGUCUGGAACACUUUCUCAACACUGAUGUUCCGAUUUACGUACACGAGGAAGAGUUCAAGCAUGCAUGCUGGGGAGCAGGGACGAAGGCAGAAGAAGGUUCCUACCUGCCGGACUAUCUCCCUCUAGACGGAUCCCUGAACUGGCAAACCUUCAACGACUCGCAAUUAGAUCUGUGCACGGGAAUAACUCUGCAUCUCUGCCCGGGGCAUACGCCAGGCCUGUGUAUCAUGCAGGUCAACUUACCCCAGGAUGGAACAUUCAUCUGGACCACGGAUCAAUUCCAUGUGCGGGAGAACUACGAGAAGAAUCAUGCGCAGGGGUGGCUGCUACGUGAUCACAAGAGCUGGAUGGAUAGUACGAAUUUUAUUCGGCGGUUGCAGAGGCUAUACUCAGCUACUCUUAUCUUUGGUCAUGAUCUUGAAGUCGGGACCGCGUUGAUUCAGCAGAAGCCAUUUUACCAGUGA